AAUAACAUCGUUAAAAAAUAAAAAAAUGAUAAUAUCUUUGAGAAGUAGAACUAUGGCAGAAAAGAACUACAAAGAGCCAAUCAAUGGGUAACGCUCAGUCCCCUCCUACUGAUCCUCGAUUUCUUUCAUCAUCCAGAGCUUUUACUCAAAAGGAACUUCAACACUUAAGCUCUCUCUUCGAUUCUCUCGCAACUCAAUCACAGACCAAUGCCAAAUACAUCUCUCCUUCAGUUUUUCAGACAUAUUUCAAACUCCAUGGCCCUGUUGGAGAGAGGUUGUUUGAUUUGGUUACUCAAGAGCGCAAGGAUCAAAGGUUAACCUUUGAAGACCUCGUUGUUGCUAAAGCUACUUAUGAGAAAGGGACAAAAGAUGAAAUUGAAGAAUUCAUGUUUCGCUUAGUAGAUGUAUCAGGAGAUAAUUUUGUAGGAAGGUCUGAUUUGGAAUCGGUUAUGAUUGCCAUUUUUAACGAUAUAUUGUGCAUAAACGAUUCUGAAGUUGGAUCAAGUUCACAUAAAGAUAUUGUCAACAUAUUUCUGAAUGCUGCAAAUUUCUCCGUACACGAUGAAAAGUGCACUGAGGAGGCUAUGUCUUUUGACGAUUUCAGAAGUUGGUGCGCUCAUCUCCCAACUGUGAGGAAGCUUCUUGGAGGCUUGCUUUUGCCACCUGAUUCAGGAAGACCAGGUACUCAAAUUCCUAAUCUACUGAUCCCGAAGGAUAUUGAUACUAACAUUGUACUUUUAAAAAAGGAGUAUGCUUGGCAUAUAGGAGGAGCACUUUCUCAGCAUGAGCUGGAAGAUUGGAAGCUUUUGUAUCAUAGUUUUGUUAAUGGUCUUAGUUUCAAUACAUUCUUGGGCAACAUUUCAAAUCAUGAAGGCCCAACUGUGCUAAUCAUUAAGGAUAAAGAUGGUUAUAUAUAUGGAGGAUAUGGUUCUCAAAAAUGGGAGCGGCAUGCUGAGUUUUAUGGAGACAUGAAAUGUUACCUUUUUCAACUAAAUCCAAAGGCAUCUAUAUUCCGGCCGACUGGAGCAAACAAUAAUCUGCAAUGGUGUGCUGUCAACUUCAGUUCAGAGGAAAUUCCAAAUGGCAUUGGUUUUGGGGGACGAGUGAAUCACUUAGGGUUAUUUAUCUCAGCAAACUUUGAUCAAGGGCAUACAUUUUCAUGUUCUACAUUUGGUAGUCCUUGCCUCUCAAAAACAAGCCGUAUAAUACCAGAAGUAAUAGAAUGUUGGGGAGUGACUCAAGGUGCUCCUGUACAAGGCAAGAACGAUGGUGUUAAGGGAACUGUACUUGAGAGGUUUAAGGAAGAUCGUCAUAUGCUCAAUAUGGUAGGGUUAGCAAAUUCCAGCGAGUAAAUUAUUUAUCGUCAAUAUAUACAAACCACCUUUGUCUUUUUUUUUCUUGGGAAGCUUUUAUUGGUAUAUUGUAUCAACUAUCUUGUGGAGUUUACUAGAAGGAAGGAAUGCUGAUAUGGCUGCGCAUCGGUUAGCCAAGGUGGCCAUAUUCUAUGCUAAUCUUCAGUAUUUUAUUGACAUUCCAACUUGUAUUUUGAUGAUUUGAUUUCUAAUGAAAUGCAUUAUGUUUGUCUUUGUAAAAAAUAAAGUAUAUAAUUGGUUAUCUUUGAUAA